AUGGAUGGGCUGGACACACCUUCCGUCCUGGUAGAAAAAACGCCGGGAUCUGCAUAGAGUUCCCCUACGCUCCCAGAGCCAUCACCGCGGGUCAGGGAACCGCACCGGGGCCCGUCACCCUCCCACCUCCCAUCCCUUCCAAGGGACACGCAUCCCAUCAGUAUCCAUAACAGGGCUCCAAGAGCGCGGCGUCCCGGGCCCCCCGCGGCCAGCGGCGCUCGGGGUCCCCGGCGGAGGCGCACCAUGCUCCCCAGCGCCGUGGCGACCCAAGCCGGCGCCUACUGGGACGUGGUGGCGUCCUCGGCGCUGCUCAACCUCCCGGCCGCCCCGGGCUUUGGCAACCUGGGCAAGAGUUUCCUGAUCGAGAACUUGCUGCGGGCCGGGGGGGCCCCAGCGCACCCGCUGCCUCCGGCCCCGCCGCCCGGGCCCCUGGCCGCCGCCCUCGGCCCCGCAGUCGCCGGGGCGCAGUUGCGACAGCUGCCCGCCAGCCCGGUUCCUCUCAAGCUGUGCCCCGCUGCCGCCGAGCAGCUCAGCCCAGCGGGCGCGCCCUACGGCCCGCGGUGGGCAUUCCAAAUGCUCGGCCCCUCGGCGGACAGCGCGCGGCUGCCGGGCCCGGCUCCGGGGAACCGGGACGGUGCCUUCCAGCCUUCAGCCCCAGCUCCCUCCAAGCCUUUUCUUGUGAGCACUCCGCCAUUCUACUCCGCAUGCUGUGGUGGGUCCUGCCGGCGCGCUGCGUCCCCCACUGCUUUUCCAAGAGAAGAGCAUAUGCUGCCUCUGCUGACCCAGGACUCUAGUUCCAAAGCUCGUAGAGGAAUUUUAAGAAGAGCAGUGUUCUCCGAGGACCAGAGAAAGGCUCUGGAGAAAAUGUUUCAGAAGCAGAAAUACAUCAGCAAAACAGACCGAAGGAAACUUGCUAUCAGUUUGGGACUAAAGGAGUCACAGGUGAAAAUUUGGUUUCAGAACAGAAGGAUGAAAUGGCGGAAUUCCAAAGAAAAGGAAGUGCUUUCCAACAGGUGCCUCCAGGAAGUAAGCCUUCAAGAUGAAGUCCUCUCACGGUCUGCUCUGGGCUUUCCUUCUCAGUGUCCUUCCAUCUGGGAAGUCUCCCAACAGCACUCAAGUCCCAGCUGGAGAGAGAAUUCUCCGGAACCUAAAGAAGGACUUACCCAAGAGAAUUCCGGGGCAUCAUCCCCCAAAGCAAAUUCACUGCAAAGUGCCUUGUAUUUGUGUUCUGAGGAAGAAGGUGGAGGCAAAGAGGGACUUAGUGGGGCUAUCUGAAUGGAAGCAUUGCUCUGUGCUGAUAAACAACCGUUAACCAGUAAUGUUUGGACUCUAAAGCCAGUUAGCUUAUGCCUUGUCAGUGCCUAAAACCUAACAUCUUGGAGUGAUGUCUGAGUAGAUGCUUUAGGAAACCCAUUCCACUGUCCUCAUGUAGCUCUGAACUCAGGCUCAAUGUGUAAGUGGGGUAAACUUUCCCAGGAAGUUUGAUGGUACUGGAAAGAACAACUGCUGGCUCAGUCACUGCUCUGCAGACCUGCAUGUGUGCAGCUGUCUCUGUGUACAUAUAUAUGUAAA